GGUACGAUUUACUUUCAGGGACAUUCAAAUAUUUUUAUUUCACGCCACGAGGUCAAUGCGUGUGUAUGAGACAUUUUUGACUAUAAGUUUUGUAACUGAACCAGUUUUGACGAGAAAUAUAAUUAUUAACACCAGAAAAUCAGGUGCAAAAUUCUAAUAGGUAUAUUAGCUCAUAUACAUGCAGCAGCAUUAUGUACUAUUAUAUAGUAAUCGUUGGAGUCAGAUUUGGAAAACUUUGUUAGUACUGAUUACCAAGUACGAAUAUCAUACGGGAGAACAUCCUCUUUUGACUUCCAGAUUGAGCUAAUUCAACCACGGGAAAAAAUAAAAAGAAACGUGUUUAAUGUAAAAAAACAGAGAGACCACUUGAAACUAUGACCAUCAGUAACCUCGGUUUUGAGCAGUCUGCAAGUAUUUUCCAUGAGCCAUUCCUGACAACUAAAAGGAGAGAUCAACGACGUAAGACUAGCCGUGUAGAUAAUCUGCAGAAUCCACAUUUUGUUGUCCAAAAAAAAUAAGACCAGGAAAGCUGGACUAUACUGCAGUUCGUAUCCGUAAAAUUGUCUGGGUGUUCUUUAACGGUCGGCAUGUGUUUGGAGUGGACGUGGCACGACGAUGACGUGACAACGGAAAACGAUUGGAGUGCAUCGGAAAAUAUGUCGAAAACUCUCAUAUACGGAGGGGCAAUUAUCAGCGCUGGACCGGCGGCGCUUAUUGCGUCGAUGCAGACAAAACUCAGAGAGGUGCUAACCAUCGGGACAUUGCUCACCCUCUGCGGGUCAAUUGUGCUCAUGACGUGUUCGACCAGCGAAUUGUCCACACUGAUUACCGGACGAAUCUUACACGGCAUGGGUGCUGGGAUCGUGUGUGUUGUCGUGCCCAAUUACGCAGCAGAAAUCACUGAGCCGAAGUAUAGAGACGUGUUAACUGGUUUGCAUCAUAUAUACUUGUUAAGUGGUAUGAUGUUGUCACACUUGGCUGAUGAUUAUUGCACGUAUUCAUAUGUGAAUGUUGGAAUUGUAGGUAUGGCAAUUUUAAACUUGAUAGUAUUAUGCGUUAUCGAAGAUCCACCUUAUUUUCAAUUGAUAUUUUAUGAAAACUUACGAAAGAGCGAAUCAGAUUGUAAAUGUAUUGAUGUAUCAAGCAAUAGUUGUCACAAGCUUUUAAGACACCGUGACAUCGACAAAAUAAUGGAACUGUCUUCGAUUUUUACGAAAACACAAUAUUAUCGACCGCUGCUUAUUAACAUCUGUUUAAUAAGUAUCCAACAAUUUAGUGGUAACAUUUCAUUGAUGGAUAAAUUACAAUGUGCGUACGGAAAACAACUACCGAAAAGUGGAAUAAUAUCAACUAUAACUGGUUUCCAACUCUUUUCAUCAAUUUGUUGUUUAUUAACUAUAUAUAUUUUGGGAAAGAAAAAUGUAUUAAUCAUCUCAGGACUUGGAAUGACAAUCACUUUAUCUUUGGUGAUUGCCACAUUAUAUUAUAUGAAAAGCUUAGAUGCGUUAUGGUUACCUAAUUUAAUCAUUAUGUAUAUUAUUUUUUAUUCGAUUGGAUAUGGUCCAAUUCCAUGGAUUUUAAUGCCACAAAUUUGCCCAAGAAAAUCGAAAUUGUGGACAUCUGGAGUCACUGUAAGUCUAUACGCUUUUUUAAAUUUAAUUAUCAAUCAGCUAUUUAUCAACAAUAUAAGAUAUACGGUGUACAUGUUAAGUGGAGUGGACAUUUUUCUAUUCAUUUUCACUAUUGUAAGUGUUUUUGGUACAGUUUUUGCAUGUAUAUUCAUACCAAAAAUAAAAGAUCGUAUUUCAUCAUAAAAUGUAUGCGUUCCAUCAUUUAAGAUUACAGAUAAAAAUAAACGAAUUUUCCUACUUUUGUUUUAUUUUUCCUUAGUAGUGUUUAAUUUAGAAGGCUUACAAAGCUGUAAAAAGCUUUUAAAAAGGUCUUGACAUGGCAAAAAACCUCUCUAUAUUGUGAUAAAGUUUGUGGAUUUUAUACAACCAUAAUGUAAAAACAGUAAAAAUGCGCAAGACCUCCAAAAAUAUGGAAUAUAAAAUGCAAGAAAAAGCACACUUCACAAAUAAAUUUAUAUUAACUUUCUGGGUUCUACUUCUAUAGGCAUAUCUAUUAUAAUAAGUAUAUACCUACUAUAUAUAACAUUAAAUAAAUACAAUAGUUAAUUAUGUUAAAAUGUUGUUUUUUAAAAUUGGUAAAACAAUAGACCAAUCUAAACAGUAAUACAAUAGUUAAUUAUGUUAAAAUAAUGUUUUUUUGUCCAUGAUAAACAGGUACUGAUUGAUCAAACAUAAUAUUUAUUUAUUUUUUAUUUUUUUUUAACCCGCAACAACUUAGGCCAUCGGGUGGUUUUUAAGCUGUGGGGGAGGGAACAGUAGGUGUAAACACGUGUGUGUAGUUUUGGCAGAUUUUCAAGUGGGCACCCGUAGGUCUCUGCUAUGCCCGGGUGGGGGAUGGCGGCACUUGUUCUCCGGACACCGUGACUUGCCCGAAGAAAAAUGCCACCCGCGGCCGAGGUAUCGAACCAGCGUCGGUGUGCGUCGCAACCAACGCCUUAGACCACUCGGCCACUCCAUCCCCCAAAACAUAAUAUUAUUAUUUAAUUAAUUAAUAACAAUACAAAUUUACUAAGAAAACAAUGCUAUUUCAAAGAUUGUGUAGUCAAAAAAAAACAUUUGAAUAAUAUUUCUAUAAGAUAGGUACAGUAUUUAUAAUUGAAUUUGUGAAAAAAGUCACAAUGGACUAAAUUACAAAACUGCGGAGUGAAAGGCCUUCACUCUGCGUAGUAUAAUAUAAAUUAUAAAUCUGUAGUGAAUACUAGUGAUCGCUGUGCAGGAAACGACGAUCAAUACCACAAUUAUUAUUUAAGUGACGUAGCAUGUUUGUUGCGAUCUUGACUCACAUUUCCAACAAUAGUAACAAUAACGUAUGGAGGCAUGAUAUUGAGAUAUUCUAUAUUCUAAUAUUACUUCCAAGUUCCAGCUACUGUCGAAUCGCAUUAUAAUGUGGAUUGGUAAAAACAACUUGUUGUUUUCACCUUUGCUAUAGGCCUGUUGCUUUAGCUUUGCACGUAAAUCAUGUAUUAACCUAACCCACCCGGUAAUUACGAAAAUAUUAUUACCCACGCGGCAUCAUCAUAUAAUAAUAAUGACAAUAAUAAUAAUAAUAAUAACAUAAGCCCUGCUGCAACGGACGGAUUAGAUAACGCACGCGUGGUGAGACCGCGGUGUAUAGGAGUAUAUUAUUAUAAAUUACAAUCUUAAUGACCUC